AUACCUUGUCGACAUCGAAUUCCCUCUAUCCGCCGCCGCCUGCCUUGCUUCUCACCUUCUUCUUCUUCUACUUCUCCUCGGCUUGGGAUCUGGUUGGGAGGAAACUAGGAGACACGGUGACAACAACUUUUCUGGAUUCAGCGAGGAAAACGCCGACUCGGCAUUCAGCCGUUGCGGAUUCUUAAUUUUAUUUACCGGCGAUUCACCUCUGGACCAAAAGCUCUGUAAGACCCAGAUACCCAUCCGUUCCGAACGUCACACCGUCCUCCGGCAUCCACAGCUUCAGCUACCCUGGAGAAACUGCUCGACUUUUCUGCUGUUUCUGUGGGCAGGUAUUUAUCCUUCCUUUGUCCUGUAUCUAUCUGCAUUUUAUUGUAUAUAUGGUUUCUACAGAAUAUCUGAGUGCCUGAGUUGUAGAUUGCUCUAAGUGGCGGUGACUUUGAUGUUAAUCUACUGGGUACUUCUCUGCUGUAUGCAUUUUCCGUCUCUGCGUGUUGAGUUAUUCCGUUUACUCAAUUGCUGGGUUGGGAGCUAUGCAUGCUGGAUUUGAGUUCGUGGGUUGUACUUAGUUUCGUUGGUCUCUCAGCUGUUAAGACCAUGAGGAACCGUUUCUCUCUAUUUAGGAGGUGACGGGAAUUCUGAAGCAGCUGCUUUCUGUUUGGAUUUUGGAUAUGGCGGAUUCAAUUGUACCAACGUCUAUUCUUGGGUAACUGCGUCCGUUUAUGUGUGUAUGUAUUCAUGCCGAAGUACUGGUUGCGGGGUUGAGAUUUUAGUUCAAAAUAUUUCCAAAAACUUUAAGAGACUGCGUAUUGUAAUUGCGAUGAUCACAUGGCUUUUUGGCUGAAUAUGUUUACGUUUCCUCAUGCCUGGAGCCCAAGGAACUUGAUCUGAGCAUAUAAUGCAUUUACCUAUGUACUAAGUUCAUAGAAAUCUUUAACUAUGUAGGCUAUCUUCAUUCUUGUCCACUGUUAAUUUGAUCUGCUAUAGUUACAUGUAUUGCCUAUGAAUGUGAGGAAGUAAGAAUUUUUCCGUCGUAUCGUCAGACAUUUAUGUUUGACUCGUCGAACUAUGAGCUUAUUACCUUAUAUAUUGUGAUUCUCUGUAUCUUUAGAUUCCCAUCGUAAGUCGUGGCAGGCAAAGAGAAGGUUCUGCAAUUUGAGGUUGGUGCAUCUAGAAACCAUUUGGGGGAAAGAAACACAGAUCAUAUGGAGUCACAAUCUCAAUCUGUAGACAUAUUUGAUUCCUCGUUGAAUCUAGAGGAGACACACUAUAAAGAAGGCUAUGAUGAAGGGUACACAGAUGGCUUAGUUGCUGGCAAAGAAGAUGCCAAACAAGUCGGCUUGAAAUCGGGCUUUGAGAUUGGAGAAGAACUCGGAUUCUAUCGUGGUUGCAUUUUUCUCUGGAAUUCUGCAAUGAAGGUAGCUCCGGCACAUUUCUCAACCCGAAUCCAGAAUUCUAUCAAGCAAAUGGAGGAUCUGAUCGAUAGAUACCCGCUUUUGGAUCCUGAAGAUGAGAGCAUUCAAGUGAUAAUGGAUAGUCUUAGGCUGAAGUUCCGGGUCAUAAGAGCUGGCCUGGGUGUGAAGUUAGAGUAUGAUGGAUAUCCAAAGCCUCGAGAAAUGGAGUUUUGAAGUAGUACGCUCUUAGGGAUAUCCUGAUCCUUUUCUCUGUUGCUCCAUCCCCCCUCAAUUACUUCAUUAGCCAUGUUUUACUGUGAGGUAGUGCGCUGGAUCUCCAGCAUUGUAAACUGGUUGCUUUGCUGUCUGUCUCUUCUUAUGGGAUUAUAUUUCGAAUGGAAUCCAAGAAAGGCUUGCUGGUACAAAUGUUUAUCUAUUUCCUUACACUUUCUUAACCAUGGAACUCUGAAUGAGAUUUAAUCUUCACUAUCUUACUACUUCGUAGGGGAAUUCUACUAGUCACAUACAAAACCAUGAACUGGAGCAGUUUUGUUGUCUUGCAACUUAGGUUGCAGAGCCUCAAACAAAACAGGGAAAAUGUAUGGCUCCUUUAACAGCUACAUGAUAAUUCAUGAAUUCUUUUGAUUUUUGCUUUUUUCAGGCUUUGUGUGGUUGCAUGUCAGCCACAUGAAUCUUUUGAACAUCUUAUCUCACUCACAUUAUCUGUUUGUUUCAGCUUGUAGUAGUUUGCAAGGUGGCUGGAAGUUAAACAAUGCUAAAGCAGGGGCUUGCUUGCUGCAAAUUGUACAUAUCUGAGAGCAGAACAAGGCAGCAUUGGAGUUGAUUGAAAGAGCAGCAAAGUUGUUCCCUGAAGCACAAAUCAUUAACAAGUUUGAAGAUGUGACCUACAAUAGAGUUGGAUACACAAUUCUGCAAGUUUGGAUCCAAACCCGUCACCUGCAGAUAAUUGUCCAUUGAAGAGUUCAGUGUUUGCCAUGGUUAAGGCUGCGUUUCAAGCAAUUGACCUUGAGCAUCAUUCUGGGUCUCACCCUAGACUUGGUGUUGUGGACCAUAUCUGUUUCCAUCCACUUGCUCAGGCAUCGCUGGGCCAGACAGCUUGGGUUGCUAAGUCCUUGGCAGCCGAAGUUGGUUCUCAAUUCAAAGGUUUGACCUUCUUUUUCGAGUGAAGGUUUGAGCUUUGACAUUUUGGAAACUCUUGUAUGAAGAAAGAAACGGGCUCUGGGUUUUUCUACUAGCUGAAUGCUAAUGAUGCUAAGUUUAGCCUGCAGUACCGACUUUUCUAUAUGGUGCUGCCAGUAAGGAAAGGAAAGCUAGAUUCAAUCAGGAGGGAAUUAGGCUACUUAAGCCGAAUUCUGGAAACCAAUGGGUUGGAGGUCCUGAAUCAGGAACACUGCCUUUGAAACCAGACGAAGGACCUUGUGAAGUGAAUCAAACAAAAGGUGUCCUUGUCGUUGGAGCGACUAAGUGGGUUUAUAACUAUAAUGUCCCUGUUUUCUCUACCGACAUGGCUGCCAUUCGAAGAAUCGCGAAAAGGGUAUUCUCGAGAGGUGGCGGGCUGGCUUCUGUGCAGGCAAUGGCACUUGUUCAUGAGGAUAAUGUGAUUGAGGUUGCUUGUAACUUGUUGGAACCGAGUAAUGUUGGAGAGAGUUCAGCAAGAAGUCGAGCGGCUUGGUGUGGAAGAAGGAGUUGGUGUAGGGAAAGGGUAUUACACUGAUUUCUCGCGGGAGAAGAUAGUUGAAAAUUACUUGAAGCUUAUUGGUCAGGGCACUGUAUAAUCUGCAGCAUCACGUUAUCUGCUCUCUUGGUGGUCAAGUUAUUCAUUUCGUUAAAGUUGCAACACCUAUAUUCCACUUACUGUGACCAGCAAGCAAGUAACAGCAAAGAAUUGUCAUAUAGUUUAUACUAGCAGUUGUUUAUAAUUGAAAGAUACUCGAGAUUGAAGCUUACUCUCGUCGUUGCCGCCGACUAUUACUCCUCAUCUUCCUUCUCUGCUCCAUCCAUCCCCUCCGGCCUUCACCAAGUCCCUCUUUCUAUCGUCUC